GACCGACUCCAAAACAAGACGCACCUUGACCCGCUCCAUAUCACGUUAGGGUUUUGAGAGUUGGAGCACAUUCCUGAAAUUGCACUACAGCUGCAGAAGCGCUUUGUCCAGUUUCAGAUUUCGAGACCCAAAAAUGGGGAAAGCAAAAAAGGCUCCCAAAUUUGCAGUGAUGAAGAAAAUGGUCACUCACAAAGCAAUCAAGCAGCAUAAAGAGGCAGUUUUGAACCCUAACAAAAAAGAUUUGACUAAAGAGAAGCUCCCAAGAAACGUGCCUUACGUUUCGUCUGCACUCUUUUUCAAGUAUAACACAGCUUUGGGGCCGCCGUAUCUUGUUUUAGUUGAUACUAACUUUAUCAAUUUCUCCAUUCAGAAUAAAUUGGAUUUGGAGAAAGGGAUGAUGGAUUGCUUGUAUGCCAAAUGUACUCCUUGCAUUACAGACUGUGUCAUGGCUGAGCUUGAGAAGCUGGGUCAGAAAUACCGUGUUGCUCUUAGAAUUGCAAAAGAUCCCCGAUUUGAAAGGCUUCCCUGUACUCACAAGGGGACAUAUGCCGAUGAUUGUAUUGUUGAGAGAGUUACACAGCACAAGUGCUAUAUUGUCGCGACAUGUGAUCGAGAUUUGAAGCGUAGAAUACGCAAGGUCCCUGGUGUACCAAUCAUGUACAUCACUCAACACAAGUACUCUAUUGAAAGGUUGCCUGAAGCAACGAUGGGUGGUGCUCCAAGAUUUUGAGGAUAUGGCAGCUAAGCUAACAACAAAUUCCUAAAGCGCUGGAUGUUGGUUCCGAUUGCCAACUUUCUGUCACUACAACAAGAUUUCCAUCUCUACAGUGUUGAAUGAUAGUUGCUGAAAUAUCACUAUCAAUUUUGUACCUUAGGAAUUUCUGUAUCCCAAUGAUAUGAAAAUUGUUCAUUUUGCUUUCUGAUAGAAAAAAUCUGCAUUUGGGAUCUACUUGCGUCUGUGUAUAGUGUUGUGCUGAAGGGCAUACCUUGCUAGAGCUAUCAUCCAUGCUUAUUACCCAUAAUUCUUCAGCCACAAUGUCUCACAGCGAAUGAAUACACAAAGUUUGAGUAGUAUUUAUUUCCCUGAGAAGUGUUCAAAUGUAGAUAUGAUACUGGGUUAAAAAAUUUAAUUUGCGUUAAACUUCAUAGAGUAUUUGAGAAGAGGGCUUUUGCGGAGUAGAAAUGUCAGUUUCUCUGUUUUGAGAAUCAAUUUAUGGUAGUCAGGAAGUUCAUACAUGAUUGGAGCUGUUGGGUAUAAAACCUUGGCAUUGAGCAUUAGGCGUGUUUGAGAUGUACAAUCGGAUAUUUGAGGCGUCAGUCAUUGCCUCGGGAAUAAGAAAGUUGUCUAGAGUUUUAUAAUGA